AUGAAAAAAAGAGGAAAGCCAGCAAAGGACCCAGAGACCAUUUAUCCAGGCGCCCGUAGGGAUUGGUGGCCUCCUGAGUGGGAGCCGAGGUCACGUUUCCCACAAGCGGAGCAGCAGAACAGCUUUCCUGCAGCAAAUAGCCGUGUGAGGCCCACGGCAAACAAGCUCCCACAUUUCCCGAAGCUUCACCCAACAGACUCACUCACAGCCACGCCCUGCCGGCUGUCUUUGGUGAGGAAUGGGGUGACUGGGACGGAGCUGCAAGUAGGGCUCACCCCACAUGGCCCAGCGACGGGCCCGGCACCUGACUCCAUGACCUCCUUCUCAUCCGGGCGCCUCCCGAGGUUGCACACCACCAGCUACCUUACGUCCGCCGUGCCUCCCAGAGAUCUGCCGCUCGAACCGCAGCCUCCUGCAGACAGGAUGCCCAAAGAGCCCAGCAGAUCCAAGCGCCUGAAAACGGGGCUGUGCAUUAAAACUGAAGAGGCAAGACAGCUACAGCUUAGGUACAACAAUCUGACUGAAGAGAAAGACCAGUUAGAGAUCCUUAAUAACGACUUGAUUAGAGAAAAUAAACAGUUACAGUCAAGAAACACCACAUUGAGUGCUGAGAAAUCUCUGCUGGAAACCAACAUCAGUGCUCUGGCUGGUGAGCGUGAUGAACUAAAGUACCGUCUUUGGAAAAUUGCGUCAAGGCGCAUCAAGGACGGAUGGAUUCGCAGAAAUACAAGUCUCUAUAAAAUCAGUGUUGAGAAGAAAUCCUGGAAUGAAAGCCGACAGAUUUGUUUAAAAAUGGGGGCAGAUCUGGUGAUUGUGAAUGAUGAAGAUGAGCAGCAUUUCAUAGCAUCAUACAAGAAUCACUGGAUUGGUCUUUCGGAUACAGAAGAGGAGGGUGUCUGGAGAUGGGUGGAUGGCACAGUACUGACAAACCCGUACUGGGCUCCUGGUGAACCUAAUGAUGUAGAUGACACAGACAAAAAGGGUAGUGAAGACUGUGCAGAAAUCUCCUCAGAUGCUACAGACUUUUCAAAAGCUUGGAAUGACAUGCCGUGCUCAACUGCCUUUCAAUAUAUUUGUGAGGACCAUUUUUGAGCCUAUCUAUCAAUAUCCUCUGAAUUGAUUCUCUUUCCGGCUAUGUGCAUCAUAGAAAUGUCUAUUGCAAAACAAUGGGGAAAUAGUCACCCUCAUUCCUAUCUUGCAAUGUUAAAUUCCAGCAUCCAGUUGAGGAUUACACAUUGGUAAUGCUAGACUUCCUGUUUCUAGUAUAAUUUCCACUUAUUACAUUGUGAUGUAUAGUACGCCUAUUCAUUACCAAAGCACAGCCACAGACUACAAAGUGUAAAGGUUGCAGCCAAUAACACAUUUUGUUUGUUCAUUUGUUUGUUUGCAAUAAUCAAAAUUGUAUACUAGCCUAUUUCAUGAUCAAUAUGUAUACAGUAUAGCCAGCUAAUGUACUUAUCAAUACAUCUUUUUAGAUAAUACCAUGAUUAUCAUGUAUAGGCCCAUUUCAUUUUGGCAUUGAUAGUUGAUAAACAGGGCAUGAAUUAUCUCUUAGGAAUACUCUUAGAAUACUAAAUGUUUAGAAAAUUAAUAGAAAAUGUUUUACACAAGCAUUUGGAGUAUGAUGUGUCAAAGAUUAAAAGUCCCACACUGUGAGAGCUAGGCUAUAGGUUUAUAUCUCUUGAGUUUAAAGAAAAGGAGUUUAGGGAAGUGCAGCAUGUGCUGAGUCCAUUCCAAUGUAAUGUCAU